UUGCCUACUUGAAUUCCGGACGACACUUCUACAGCAGGCGCGUAACCGCUGUGCUAGCGUGCACUCUCGUCUCAGGCGCGCCACCGCCCUCCCCUGCGUGUGUGCGCGCCGUGCGUGGAGCCGGAGGAGCUGCGGCUGUGUUCAGGCAGUAGGGAGUGAGUGUGGCUGUUCGGAAGAAGGCAUCGACUACGCGUGAUUAUUAUUAUUGUUGCUAAAAUCACAGCAUAAUCUGCGAUUGUGCUGAACGACAGUUGCGUAGGUGCGGGAUUAUUAUUGUUGAAGACGGCUAAAUCCUUGGAGGAAGAAAUCGCCAAAGGUUUUCACUGAAAGGCAAUUGGACAUCCUCCCUGUGAAGGAAUUCUAUACAGAUACCAAUCUCUUGAAGCUUGGUAAUAGAGGAGCCUGGGAGAUUGGCAUCAAUGGGAAGAGAUCAAGCAAAUGUUUUGCUUUCUGGACACUGGAUCUGUGUUUAAUAAGGAGAAAGCUUGCAAGAGGUCAAGAAAGAACAAGUGCAGAAGAAGACAGUCUUCAAUAACCAGAACAGACUGUUCGCUGACCUUGCUGAAAGGUUGCACAGGUAAAAGAGAAAGCCUUCUCUUGACCACAGAAAGCAAAGCUGUGAAAGAAACACAACUCAAUGGCACUUCUCUGACUUCUCGCACUGUCAAUCCAUAAACUAGAGCGGCUGAAGCCUUGCAAGUGGAAAACGCAGGAAAAGGUGUUUUAAAAGAAACAGUUUGAAAGCCAGGGAGCCCAUGGAAGGAGUCCCUGUCCACUGAUCCACCGGGACUGAAGGUCACCGACAAGGAUCGGAAUCAUGUCUGCCUGCAACACAUUCACAGAACACGUGUGGAAACCAGGCGAGUGCAAGAACUGCUUUAAACCCAAAAGCCUGCACCGCCUGACUGAGGGGGUCUUGAAGAAAGGGGCUCAAGAACAACAACAGAACCAGAGCACUUCUGGAGGGAAGCCCAACGCCAACCUUAGCAACAACUAUCAGCGGGGCAGUGCACCUGUGCGCUCGGGACAUUUCCGUCCACCUGUUGCCAAGAAACCUACUAUUGCUGUCAAGCCAACCAUGAUGUUGUCCUGUUCAGCCACCAUUGAUUCAGAGGGCAACCAUGGACAAGCAGACUCUGGUGAACUGGGUAAAACCUCUGCUUUUGCGGUGUGGAACCGUAACGGGAUGAACCGAAAGAGGCCUGGUGGUGUCAACAACAAUGAGGGGGAGGAAAGCGGAGAAGAGAUAGAAGGAUAUGGUCUACGGAGUUCCCGGGCACCCAGUGGUAACAACAACAAUGGCCUGACAGAGGUGCUGAAGGAAAUUGCUGGUUUGGGCUCAGGCCCCGGAUCCAGCUCUGGCUCCAGCUCUAAAGACCUUUUCCUAGGCCGUAUCAGUAGUUGCUACAAGCGCUCCUUGGAACGAGGUUUGCCUGCCUCCAGCUGUUUGGCUAUGGGCAGUGGAACAGGAGCAUCUCAGAAGCAUGUUUCUCUCAGUGGUAGCACAGAAGUUAUCAGCUCAGAAGGUGGGCGUUUCUGUUACCCGGAUUUCUCCAGUGAUGGUGAGGAGGAUGAAGAAGAGAGCGAUGAGGAAGAAGAGGGUGAGCAUGAGAGCUGGGAUGAAAGUGAUGAGGAGCUUCUGGCGAUGGAGAUCCGUAUGCGAGGGCAGCCUCGUUUUGCUAAUUUCCGGGCCUCUACCCUCUCACCUGUGCCAUUUGCUGUUGGUAAGAAGUGGAAUACGGUUCCACUUCGCAAUCGAUCCCUGCAGAGAAUAUGUGCUGUGGAUUACGAUGACAGUUAUGAUGAAAUUCUCAAUGGCUACCCCUCAGAGGAUUCCAAUGGUGGUCACAUACUGGGCCCUUAUGCCCAGAGUGACCUGCAAGGCAGCUGCUUCUUCUCCAACUCUGAGACUACCACCUCCCCUGAAUCAUCAUCUUCACUACCAGAAGAUUCACGAACCACUUCCAGUAGUGGUAGCAGUGCCCCUUGCCAUCUACCUAAUGGUUUGCCCUCCUCUGCAGCAUCUAGAGAGCCAGACUUUGAGAGUGUGAGUGAAAAAGAACAGGUUCCUAGAGCAGCAAAGUCCCCUAAAGCCUCAGAAACCCACAAAGCGAUUCUAGCCAUCCGGCUUGAGGAGCAAGAUGCCGGUCAGAAGGAUAGUGUAGCCUUAAAAAGUCCUUCUCUUCCCCAAGCCCUUCCAGGACAGCCAGUCACAAUCAGCUUUAGUCCUGGGGAAGAGCAGGCCAAACCCUAUCGAGUGGUGAGCCUUGAAAAGCCAGCCAUGUGUAAGCCCUAUACAGUGGUUGAUGUUUCUGCCUCUAUGGCCAGCACAGAGAGCCAAAAUCAAGAUGCCGUUUCCAAAAUGAAAGGGUCAUCAGUCUCCUCAACUCCCCCAUCGACCCCAAGCUCUCCCUUAGGUCAGCCUCUGUCGCCAAAAUCUCCUACCUCUCCAACUACUAUUUUGACUUCCACUGCACUCAACACCUCCCGUAAGAAAUCAAGUGCCAUCCGAUACCAAGAGGUUUGGACCUCCAGCACAAGCCCUCGUCAAAAGAUCCCCAAGGUAGAGCUGGUGGGAGGGUGUGCUGCAGGUCCCGCUGUUCCCUACAGGCACUGUAGCCACAAGUCUGCACCUACCUCCCCAACAACAGGUCUAUCCUCUUCCUCCCGCACAGUUCCUGUUAAGUCACCAAACCUGUCAGAGAUCAAGUUCAACAGUUACAACAAUGCUGGUAUGCCCCCGUUUCCCAUUAUUAUUCGUGAUGAGCCUACCUAUGCUCGAAGCUCUAAAAAUGCUGUUAAAGUACCCAUUGUUAUUAAUCCUAGUGCUUAUGACAACCUGGCUGUUUACAAGAGCUUUUUAGGCCUAAGCGGAGAACAGUCACAAUCAAAACCAGGUUUAGAGUCUCGAGUAACUAGUCACACUUAUGAGGAGAUUGGGUCCUCAGAGAAUAUCCCAUCCUCUCCUACAGAAACUCCUCUUAAUGGAAAAGUAGUUAAAGAGAAAGCUGUUGGGGAAGAAAGGAAACUUGGCAGUGUUGCACAGAAGAUCCUGGAAGUUAAUGCAGGAUCCACUACAAUUUCCAAUAGUACAACAAAUGCUAUUGCUUCUAUAACUGCAGUCACCACUCAGGGAGGCUCCCAAGCCAAAACCAGCAUCACAGUGGCCACUCCUGGACACAAUUGGAAGGUGAGUGGUGAAACUAUACCUAGAAAAGACGGUAACAGUGAACCCCAGAUGUCAUCAGGACCUGGCACUGCCCAUCGUGAGAAAGCCAGCACUGUUCUGUCACAGAUUGUAGCUUCUAUUCAACCACCACAAUCUCCACCAGAGUCACCCACAGUGCAGAACAAAACCUGUAGUGCUGAGGAGCUUUACUCCAUCCCACCUGAUGCCACUAAGGAAGCUCCCUCAAGGCCGAAAUCACUGUUUUCUCCAGCAGAGGGAUGCCUGCCCAAACCUAGAAAAGACACACCUACAAGACAGCUUCCAAAAUCCCAAAAUAGCACAGCUGUCCCCUCUGCAAGCCCCAAGUCUGAAAACGCCCCCUUCCCCCCACCUAGAUCCACCUCCUCUCCAUAUCAUGCCAGCAACCUGCUUCAGAGGCAUUUUGGUAACUGGUCCAAACCAACAAACAAUAGCUCUUCACGGCCAAAUGAGGCAGAAUCUGCCCAGGCAGGGGAAGGCAGGCGGACAGCAGCUGAGAGCGCUAAACCGAAACGUUGGAUCUCAUUCAAGAGUUUUUUCCGCCGGAGGAAGGAUGAGGAUGAGCAGCAAAGGGAGAAGCCCGAACGUGAGAAGGAAAAGGGCAAGUUAGUAGGUCUGGAUGGUACAGUCAUUCACAUGCUACCCCCACCCCCAGUCCAGCGUCAGCACUGGUUUGCUGAGGCCAAAACAGAUGAUCCUAAUCAGAAGCCCACCAUCAUCUUCACAUACAAACCUGAAAUGAGUCCUGCAACUGAAGGUGAGCCUGUUCAGAUAUGUGAAGAAGAGAACAAGGACAAUAAGAUUUUCAAGUCCCUGGAGAGGCCAGAGAAUAAAAGAGAACAAGCUGUAGGAUCUUCACUGCCCCAGAAGACAGUCAGCCAGGUGCCAGGCGAGAAGAACGAGAGUGGCGUUCCUGCUGCUGCCUCUCUCCCUGCCAAGUCUGAGUUCCCCCAGAGAGAUGAACAAGUGAGCGCUGCCACACCAGCCUCUGUGAGCGAGGGCACAGGCAGCCUGGAGGAGCGGGAGGAGGAAUGCAGUGACUCUCCAGCUUCUAGCACCUGCAGCGCCACCUACAGUAACUUGGGCCAGUCCCGGGCAAACAUGAUCCCCCUGAAACAACCCAGGAAUCCCAAAACUUCAAAUGAUACCCUGGCCUCCGCUGAUCUUGAUGGCUCAGACACUGGCUCAAAAGCCACACCUCCACCUUUGCCCAAGAAGACUAUCACAAGGGCCAAUACAGAGCCUUCUGCACUGGGUAAAGACGCAGCUACCACCUUGAAGCCAAAAGCAGAGGCCAAGCCAGGAGGCACUAACCUGAGUGUCGCGAACCCCCUGUAUGACCUGGACUCCACCUGGGAAACAGCCAGCCAGAGCUCCUCCCUCAGCUCUGAGGCCAGGCUGCUAGACCAGGAGUCUGGAGACUCCCUGGAGAGACCAGCAGUUGGAAAGGGAAGGCCAGCCAACAGCCUGUCCUGCCUGACUUCAUCCUCUGCUACCUCUGCAGGCCGCGAAAAAAGGGGUUACCGUAGUGCAGAAUCCCUGGCAGGCCGGGGCCGGACGGCAAGCAGAGGUGGGGUACCCAAGCCUCAAAGACAAGUACUGUACAAGGGCAUGGAGAACUGGGAGGAGGUGGUGGGCCGGAUUCGUGGUCUGCACACUGAUACACUGCGCAAGCUGGCCUCCAAGUGUGAGGACCGCUUCAUGGCAGGGCAGAAGGACCAGCUGCGUUUUGGCACAGACAGCUGGUCAGAUUUCCGGUUGACCACAGGAAAGCCCUGCUGUGAGGCAGGCGAUGCAGUCUAUUACACUGCUUCCUAUGCUAAGGACCCACUUGUCAACUACGCUAUCAAGAUCUGCAGGAGCAAAGUCAAAGAAACCCAGCAGCAGUUUUUCCACAGCCUGGCAGUGAGACAGAGUCUGGCUGUCCAUUUCAAUAUCCAGCAGGAUUGCGGCCAUUUCCUUGCCGAUGUGCCCGUCCGGCUUCUUCCUUGGGAGGACCCCAAUUCUCCAGAGGAGGAGGAUGAGGAAAAAGUGGGCAAACAGAGUGAAAAGACAAGAAAGAAGACAGAGAAACCAGCAGAGCCCAAGAUGCCAAGCCACAGUGCCCAGACCCCAGGACAUCCAAGUGACAUUAACACCUCAGGAAAACUGCGCAGCCGUGUUGUGGUGAUCACCAGGGAGGUGCCCUACCAAACGGUUGCGGACUUUGUGCGGGAAGGGGUGACACGUCACGAGAGAAACCCUGACCUCUAUGAGCGUCAAGUCUGCCUCCUCCUGCUUCAGCUUUGCUCGGGUCUGGAGCACAUGAAGCCCUACCACGUGACACACUGCGAUUUGCGUCUGGAAAACUUGCUCCUGGUGCAGUGCCAACCAGGCAAUCCCUGGAAUCUGGAUGUCAUGGAGCCCAAUAACAACAAUAAUACUGGUGGUGGCAUGAGCACUUCUGCUGCUAAUUCUGCCUGCCCAGCCCGGCUUAUCAUCAGCAACUUCUCACAAGCCAAACAGAAAAGCCAGUUGGUAGACCCUGAUGUCUUGAAAGACCAGUCCAGGCUGGCUCCAGAGAUCAUCACAGCCACACAGUACAAGAAGUGCGAUGAAUUCCAGACAGGGAUCCUCAUCUAUGAGAUGCUUCACCAGCCUAACCCUUUUGAGGAGACCCCUGAGCUGAAAGAAAAGGAGUACACUCGAGCUGAUCUGCCACCCCUCCCACCACGCUCCCUCUACUCUCAAGGUCUGCAGCAGCUGGCCAGCCUUCUGCUCAAUGCCAACCCAUCUGAGCGCAUACAGAUUUCAGACGCCAGGGCUUGCCUGCAGUGUCUACUAUGGGGACCACGAGAGGACCUCUUCCAGACUUUGAAUGCCAGCCCAGGGCCAGGUCACAGAGAGACAACCUUGCAGAACUGGUUGGACCUUAAACGGACACUGAUGAUGAUCAAGUUUGCAGAGCGUUCAUUGGAUGCUGGUUGCGGGGUGAGCUUGGAGGAUUGGUUGUGCUGUCAGUACUUGGCGUUCUCCACCACAGACUCUCUGAGUCGUGUUGUUCAGAUUUUGCAGCAGAACCAAAAGCAGCAGCAACAUCAUUGAACUCUUACUUAUACUCUGCAUUAACACUCUUCUUGAUGCCUGUCUCACUUCAACAAACAUGAAAAGGAGCAAACUUUCUGCUAAAAAUGUCAGAACAUGAACAGUGAACAACGCUUACAAGUGCAUUUCCAUUUGCUUAAGGCCUAAGCAACUAAAAAUAAACCACACUUUGUUUCAUAAGAAAAAACUGCUUUAAAGAGGUCAACUGCUACUAAUUGCUUUCAACCAUGUUGUUAUCUUUAGCAUUUUGGGCUAUAUUCGAAAAGUAAAACAGCCUCAGUGGUUUUCUUUUUAUUGAUGUUGUUGAAUAUUAUUUUUGUUUUCCUUCUAUCAGGACAUAAUUGACAUGAUUUGUCUUGCCCUUUCUAACCUUGUACUGACCGGCUUGAGUUUCCAGGUGAAACACACGUCAUUUGAGAUUUAAAAAUAGUUAAGGUGAGCAGUAACCUUUUAAAAGCAGGAUUCUAUUUUUUGUCAAUAAGAAGACACUUCAUGUCAGUUGACUUUUUGUCAGAUAUAAGGCUAAACUGAACCGUUCCUGUGCCAUUUCCAUAUAAGUAGCUGCAGUUUUGGGAGAGUACUUAAUCUGUUAAGUUAAUUUGACUUACGUACAAGUACUUAAUAUGCUUACUUCCAAGGAAGCAGUUCAUAUAAUUUUCUCUUGGUUCUUUUUUUAUGUUAUUGAAUAUAAACGUCACUAUUGUCAGAUAAAAGACAUGCCAAGGACACUUACACUUUGAAUGUCAUAUCUCCAGAGAUGUAAUUCAGUAAUUAAAAAGGAGUUCAAAUAAUAUUGGUUCAUCUGUUAGUCAAAUACUGAAGGCUUUACUGAAUUGAAUACUUAUAAAAGCUUUGCUACGUGGUUUAAAAUGGGUGUCAGACUUAUAGAAGGUUGCAUUGUCUCUUCCCUUAUGUUAUUUGAGCUUUGAUUGACUUUAUUUUCAAAAUAUGUGGUUAAUUGGACAAAUCAAAACCACUUUGUUUAGACCUCAAAUUGUAUUUAGGGUACAAUAGCUUGAAAAAAGAGCAUCAAUUAUAGAAGGUAUUCUGUAAGAUGCUUAAUGUAUUCAUUUGAGCAAAUUGGCCAAUUAAGUGCAAUGAGCAAUAAUUAGUGUUCCUUAUGAAUGCAGUCCUUGCUUUCCUUUGACUUUGUGUAUUUUAUUCUUUCUUUUUGCUCCCAUUAUAAGUAUACUAUUGGUUUUCAUACGAUCAUAUUUAGUUCUACAUGAAUAUAUUAUUUCAGGAGUCUACUUUUUCAAAAGAAAUGUCACAGAUUUUAGAAUAUAAGAAAAUAUUUACCUAAAUAAAAAACUUAUGUAAAGAGGGGACUUUGAAUAUGGUUUCAAGUUUAGUUCAUGGUACCAUGAAUUGUUAAAACAGGAGACUAGUGCACAUUUUCUUGCCAGUUUUCCACUUUUUUUCCCCAUGUCUUCAGUUUGUUCUUGGGCAUGACUUUAGCUGAGCUGUUCUGACCAUUUUCUAUCUCUUAAGCUGUUUAUUGAUCUUGCAUUAGUUUAUGUAGAUAUAUUUUACUGUUAAGAAAACCCAGUGUUCAGUUUUAUGUAGAUCAUAAGCCUUACGUUUUCAGGCUUAGAAAGUUUUUUUAAUAAUAACUAGUGCUGUAUAAACCCAUUAUUGGUCUGAACUACAAUUAAAAACUCAUUUAGUCUCAGUCAUGUACCUAAUGUGCAUUUCAUUAACGCUGAGCUUUCCAAAUUAAAUCAAAUGUUUGUUGAAGAAUGGAAAGUCAUGAAACAACCUACAGCACGUCCUCCUGUACUAUAUAAGAAUUUUACAUAUUUACAAUUUUACAUAUUACAUAUUACACCCUGGAAAUACAUAUUUCUCUAGAUGAUAAACAAAAUUAAGGUCAUGCAUCGAUUUGUAAUAAUACCUUAGAGGGAUUUGCAGAUAUUUCACACAUUUGAAUUGUGACUGCUUUUAACUCAAUGCUCUAAAUUAUGAACAAUUAAUUUUCCAAUUGUGGUUAAGACCUGGAAACUUAAAACAGGUGUUUAGUUUUUGCUAUGGAUACUAUGUAUAUACCAUGUCCCUAUUCUUCAGUCAAUUGAAGAUAUUACAUAGAAACAUCUUGAAUAUCCUGCUAAUGUGGACUUCAUGACAUGUUAUCCUGCACCUAAGCGUGUUAAAUAACCAAAGACCAUAUUUAUUUUAGAUCUGUCACAUCCUUUGAGUUCCCUAAAAAGUGCUUUAUUGUAGAAUCCUUGCUGUUUAUGUUCUUAUUUUUAGGCAGCUAUUGUCUUGGCCAACAAUACACAAUUAUUUUAAUUAGCAAUGCACAGGCUAAGGUGGCCUUAUAACAGUGUUGAAUUAAUUACCACUAAGUUUGAUUAACAAAUGAAUUAAUAAAUAUUGCACUUUCUUCUGGAUAAUAGUAUUGCCUAACAGUGGGGCUACGACAGUGGCUUAGUCUUCAUUUAUGCCUGAGGUUCUAGUCAGGUUUGAAUAAGCAUGAUUAUUUCUAAAUACAGAAAUUACAAUGUUGCUUUAAGCCAGGCAUCUGUUUUGGGUCAGAACAGCUCCACAGUCUUUCAUAUUACUUUGAAUGAGCGGGAAUUAGGUCAAACUUUUGUUUUGGAUAUAUGUGCAAUUAUUGUAAAUGUUUUAACCUUGUAAAUGACAGUAUUUAAAUGUGUUUGUACUUUAUAUUACUAUAUGGGACUUGUGUUAUUUUUAUUUGCUUUUCCUUCUGGCACAUACUGAUGCAGAAACCAAGCACAAGCCUCUCACUGUGAGGGGAUGUGUUGGGCUGGCGUUACCUUGAAAAAAAAGCUGUGGGAAGGUGUCUGUUUAGUGCAACUGAUUAUCAAGACAAAUAUACCCAGCAAAUGGUCACUUUGGAUGUACUGUAUGUAUCAGGGAGUGCAUGUUUUUGUUUUAAUUUGAACAGUUAUAACUGAUGCAGUUACCACAGCUAGUGAAAUUAGUCCUUGAUGGAGUUAAUAACCAAGCCUGUGGAUGUAAAGCUUGCAAUCUGUUGCUGCCGGAUUUCAAUCAAAAUAUAUCUUUCACAAACACAAUUUUCAUUUGAUGUUCUCUUGCGAUUCUUACAAUAUAACAAAGUGCAGUUCUGUAAUUGAUCAUGAUGUUAUAUAGAUUUGCUUUUCUCUUUGAAUUUUAUAUGCUUCUAUUAAAAUAGUAGGUGCCCAUCUCCUGCUGCAUCUUUUGUUACAGGGCAAGAAGAAAUGUUAUUUACUCAUAUUCACUUGUAACCACUAGACCUGUCUGCUUUGGAUCACUGAAGGAAAACCACUGCCUCUCCAUCCUUCAUCUUUAACCAUUAAUUUGUACCAACCAAGGUGCAUUCUUUGCUGUAGACAAAGAUCCUCUCAGAUGUUUUUAGAUUGCCUUAAAAUGUGUAAUUCUGCUCCUAAUUUCUCAGAGUGGAGAGUCUUUUUUUUACCCACUAUAUGCUGUAUUGUUUCUUUUAUAAUAGUAGGAUACUAAUGGCUAAUUGCUAAAAUUACACUACAUUUUAGCAAAAAGCUAAUGGCUAAAAAUUGCAUUAAAAUCCAUACCAAAUGUUUUGAUUUCUGGAACAUCUAGAACAAAAGCUGCUGUAGUUUUUACAGUGGACCGAAUUUGAAAUUUCAUAAUGUCAAAGCUGAACCAAGGGGAAUGUCCAUAGAUCAUUACUGUGCAAAUAUGUGACCUUUCUGGGCAUAUAAAUAAACAUUGAAUUGAAAUACUGUUUUCUGAGAUUUGCAUAUAAAGUAGACCGUGAGCUAGGGCAAUCAGUUGAGCUGAUGGGAGGGUUUUUGUAAAUUCAGCAUUUCUUAAAUGUAACUUUGAAGACUAUUAAAUAAACACACUCAUAUGACACAAUGUGAGGUCCUGGGCUAACUGCUGUUGUGACUAUAAAUACAGACUGCACUGGUGGCAGUCUUUUAAUGGAAAAUGAACAUUUUAAACUAAGGUAUAUACAGAUACACGUUGCACCGAUACUAGUAUGUACAGGAAAUGUCUGACAGGUGGAAGAGACCACAUCAGUGCCAUUUCUACAAAAGCAUUUGCUGUUAGUAUUUUACAGCUAUGGAACAAGUUCUUUAAAAAAAUAUGAACACUGACAGUUGAUACUUUAUCAUCAGAUUUUAUCAUCAUCAAAAUGAGCUGUGUAUCUGAGCUUUUUAACACCUUGAAGAGAGUAGUUUUACACAUUGAACUAUGUUUCCUAUCACAGUUAAUAAAGCAGAAGAAAAAAUAACUACUGAGUGGGAAAUAUGAUUGGAGAAAUGUAUACUAGUUAGGAUAAAUGUUCUCCAUCUGUCACUAAUUGCUAUUUUGUUAAUGCUCAAAUGAGUUAAUGGAGCUCAAAGACUGAAGCAUGCUAGCUUGGGGUCUUUGUGAUUAUAGCUACUCAAUGUGCAGAGUUCUCUUGGCUAAUGUAUAUCUUUGGUGUGUUGCCACAAAUUGUUGAUAAAGUUAACCAAUGUUAAUGAAAUAAUAAAUAUAUGUUUUUAUAUA